ACUUUAAUAGAGAAUUCAUUUUUUUGCACAUGUUUUAACAGACAGUACAACUCAUACUGGCGAUAAAUUAAACACCGCAAAGUUGUUAAUAGCCAACUGUUUCAGUGGUUUACGCCCCCUUAUGCAAACCAACUUGCGUGAUCACUGACCACUGUUGUCUUCAGGAGAAUACAACGAGAAAGUAUGUCUGUUGAAGGCUGAAUGCAGCUACACUUAUCUGGACUUAGUCAGCGAAGUUUAAUUCAUUCUGUUUAUUUAGAAAGCAACAUCAUUUUAAAACGGCAUAUUUUCAAAACUGUUCUAAUAAUAUUGUUUUAAAUACCACAACAAAUCCCGUGGUCUGUUUGAAUUCUAUUGGGAUGGCUAGAUGUGGGUGCCGUACAGACUGCAUAGAAAAGCCAAUCUGCGCAGCUUUUUAUAAAUUAGGGCAUUUUGUAGGAUCACAUCCCUGGUGGUUUCUAGUGAUCCCUUUGCUGGUCUCCGGUGGUCUGGGGGCAGGCUUUUAUUUUCUGAAGGAGUAUGAAGCAAACGACAUCGAAGACCAGUUUACUCCCUUGGAUGGCGCUGCAAAGGGAGAGCGAGACGUUGUACAGAAAUACUUCCCUCAGAAUGAUUCGGACUUUUCCAGCCAGCGGCUCUACACAGAGGGGACCUACGCGUCCCUUAUUGCCGUUUCCAAAAAAAAUAUUUUAACAGAAACUGCAUUUAAAGAAAUAAUUGAACUAGACAACAUUGUUAGACACAUGACUUCAGACAAUAAUACAUAUUUAGAUCUUUGUGCUAAAACAAACGACACAUGUGCUCCAAAUGCGAUAUUAGAACUAAUAUAUUACAAUGCCAGCAAAAUAGCAGAUAUUAAUCUUACCUACCCCGUGUACAAAACUGAGAUAUUUCUUGGGACGACUGUUGGCGGGGUCAAUACAAGUGAUCAAAACCUAAUUUAUGGAGCACAAGCAAUUAGACUAGUUUACUAUUUAAGAGACGGGAAAACUGCAAAAAGCUGGCUGGAAACAUUUCUAGAAGUACUUUCUAAAACAGAGUCUUCCGAUACUAUUAAGGUAUCUUAUUUUACUUCAGUAUCAAGGCAACAGGAGUUUGAAGAAAAUCCUAGGAAAGUGAUCCCAUUGUUUUCCAUCACGUAUUUCCUUGCCAUUUUCUUUUCAAUUGUAUCCUGCAUGAGGUUUGACUGUGUGAGAAAUAAAGUCUGGGUGGCCACCUUUGGAGUCCUGUCAGCAGGUUUAGGGGUGCUGUCAGGUUUCGGGAUGUUGCUGUACUGUGGAAUGCCGUUCGCUAUGACUGUGGCUAACGCCCCCUUCCUGAUCCUUGGGAUUGGAGUUGAUGACAUGUUCAUUAUGAUCUCCUGCUGGCAGCAAACCAAGGUUCAUGAUUCAGUGGCAGAUCGCUUGGCAGAGACGUAUAAAGAGGCAGCCGUCUCCAUCACCAUCACCACUCUAACUGAUGUCUUGGCUUUCUACAUAGGCAUCAUGACACCCUUCCGAUCUGUGCAGUCGUUUUGCCUCUACACAGGCACUGCAGUUCUGUUCUGCUAUCUGUACAACAUAACAUUCUUUGGAGCUUUCUUGGCUCUCAAUGGAAAAAGAGAAAAGGGCAACAGGCACUGGCUGACGUGCAUGAAGGUGGAGCAGGACUGUCCAGCAGGACGCUCUACAGGGUACAGCAUGUGCUAUGUAGGAGGGGCGUAUGACGCAAACACAGGCUGUGAGAAAGAGCAGCCAGUGAAUCUGUUCUUUAAGAAGUACUAUGGCCCUUUUCUUACAAACACAUGGACCAAAGUGUUUGUGGUGUUGCUGUAUGGUGGGUACCUGGCUAGCAGUAUUUAUGGGUGUCUUCAGAUGCAGGAAGGUAUAGACCUUCGAAAUCUGGCGCAUGAUGGUUCGUAUGUUGUUAACUACUAUGAUGAUGAGGAUGCUUAUUUUUCAGAGUAUGGACCAAGAGUUAUGGUUGUUGUUACAGAACAAGUUGAUUAUUGGAAUAAGGAGGUCCGUAAAGACAUUGAAAGUUGUUUGAAAGUACAUGAAAACCGCUUGUAUGUUGAUGCAAGCCUGUCUGUUUCAUGGCUAAGAGUAUAUGAGAAUGUUUCUACAAUACUAAAUAUCAACUUAGAUAAUGAAACAGUAUUUAAAGACAAUUUAAAGUUAAUUCUUCCAACCUUUAAACAAGACAUUAGUAUCUCUAAUGAUAAUAUUAUUGCCUCCCGUUUCUUUAUUCAGACCACAAACAUUACCACUCCAAUCAAGGAAAAGAACAUGCUAGAUGAGCUGAGAGAGGAUGUAAAGAACUGUGUAGUCCCAGUACUGGUUUAUCACCCAGCAUUCAUCUACUUUGACCAGUAUGUAGUCAUAGUCUCUAAUACAAUACAGAAUAUUGCAGUAGCAACUGCAGUAAUGUUGGUCAUUGCCCUCCUAUUGAUUCCCAAUCCUCUUUGCUCUUUGUGGGUAACGUUUGCCAUCGGAUCUGUCAUUGUUGGUGUUGCCGGCUUCAUGGCUUUCUGGCAUGUUAACUUAGACUCCAUAUCGAUGAUCAAUCUGGUCAUCUGUAUUGGCUUCUCUGUAGACUUUUCUGCACAUAUUUCCUACGCAUUUGUGUCAAACAGCAAACGCGAUGUAAAUGAGAAGGCCAUUGAUGCGCUCCAUACUCUGGGUUACCCUAUAGUCCAGGGGGCAGUUUCUACCAUACUGGGUGUCAUUGUUCUGGCUGCAGCUGAAAGCUACAUCUUCAGGACAUUUUUCAAGAUCAUGUUCCUGGUCAUUUCUUUUGGGGCUCUUCAUGGAAUUGUUUUUAUCCCAGUGUUCCUGACCUUCUUCGGGGUUUGUAGCAAGACAGGAGAGGUCACCAGUGAUGAAAAGAGUGUUGUUACUGGGAUGACCAUUAAGAAUAGGCAUUGUAUUGAAGUAACAUAUAAUACAGACAUAUCUUUUAAAUACCCUGUGAUAGUUAAUACCCCCAAUCUAAAGCAAGAAGGUGGUGUUGACCCAGCUCCUAUUAGAGACCUCUCUUAUAAAGAGAAAAUACAGAAACUGCAAGCAACUGGUCAGUUGGAUUUGGACUGUCCAUGUUCUUAGUAAAUAGCAACUACCAAUGCACAGCUGACAAAUGAAAAAUUCAGCUAAUGGGUUUUACCAUUGACUCAGUGUUGGGUUCCAACCCACCAGGUUCUGUUUUUUUGCAAGUGUUUUGGAGAGGUGGUGGUAUUUUGUAAUUAGAACAUGUAUGCAAGGUCAGAGACAUCUGGUAAUUGGAUACUGAGUUAUGAGUAAGGCUGUCAUUUUUGCACGCUAAUCACAUAUUUCACGAUUACCCAUUGCCCUGCUUAAUUCUGGGUCAAAAGGGUCUGUACUGUAUUAUGAAGUGUUUUUGUUGUCGUCUUUCUUUUGUUAACAUUUAUUAUGAAUGUUUUGUGUUUGCAUUUAAAAAAUGACACGAAUGUUCCACUUUUAAAAGUCUGUGCUCUUACUUUCUAGUACGCACUUAUGAAAACACUGCAUGUUAAAAGAUGAACAGCUUAUCAUAUUUUGAAGGGACAUCAUUUGGAUCUAAUUAAAUGUUUUUAAUGUUUUUUUUAUAUAAUUACAUUUCUAAAUACAUUUGUGAUGAAAUGCCAUCUUUUGUUUUGUGAGUGUAUUUAAACAAGUUCAGUUGUAAAAUAUGUAUUUGAAACACUUGUAUUCUCAUACAAAAAUAUUGUUGUCACUUGUAUUAAUAGUUUAUAUAUAUAAUGUAAAAUAAAGUAUAAAUUGAUGUUGUGAAAAUGUUUUACAAUUCAUUAAGAACAUUUUUAGAUACCAGACCAAGCUUGUUCCGGUUGCAGAACUUUUGAGGAUAAACAUACCAUGCAAUUAUAUUCUGGUGAACAUGCAUGUUUCAAAUGUGAUAUUUACACACUUGUCUAAAUAUAAACUGUUUUAUCAUUUAAAGUACUAUCGUUUCUGAUACUCAACACAUUGGCUGAUAUUUAUUUUAUAAUUCGCCAACUGAAAAACUAAAAGACUAUAAUCAAACCUCCAGAGUGGUGAAAUGAUGAAGUCUUUAAUAAUCAGGUAUGAUAUAAUUAAGGAGGCUGUGUGGUCCAGUGGUUAAAGAAAAGGGCUUGUAACCAGGAGGUCCCCGGUUCAGAUCUCAGCUACUGACUCAUUGUGUGACCCUGAGCAAGUCACUUAACCUCCUUCUGCUCCGUCUUUCGGGUGAGAUGUUGCUGUAAGUGACUCUGCAGCUGAUGCAUAGUUCACACACCCUAGUCCCUGUAAGUCACCUUG